AUGCGGCGAUUUCCAUUCUCUCCGGGUCCUUCUCAAACUUCUCCAAAGCGGCGACGCAUUGAUAACAGAUUCACUGGCUCCCACAAGACGACUGGUACCAUAGAUCAGAAACUCAUUGAUGGCUCUCAGCGACCACGAGAAACAAGUUCAUUCUCUGCCCAUUUCCCGAUGACUUCGGAACCUGUGUCAUCCGUCCGUGAUGACGAGGAUCAAUUAGAUGCAUUUGACCUCGAGUUGCUUGCUCAAUCUAGUGCCGUUGAAGUAUCAUCCCCGAUAACCCGAAGAGAUAUUCCACAAAACACUGCAAUCUCACACUUUGAAAAUAUCCCUAUAUCCGUACGAGGCAUCGUGCUGGUCUCCAAAGAUACACUACCCGACAGAUAUCGAGACUUAUUUCCAUUCCCGUUAUUCAAUGCUGUGCAGAGCAGAUGCUUCGACCCAGCGUACAAUUCUGAUUCUAAUCUGGUCCUUUCUUCACCCACAGGAAGUGGAAAGACAGUGAUUAUGGAACUGGCUAUUUGCAGACUUCUUAACGUGCUUAAGGAUGAGCGGUUCAAAGUCGUCUAUCAAGCCCCGACCAAAUCGCUAUGUACAGAGCGACUCCGUGACUGGGAAGCCAAGUUUGCAGCUUUGAAUCUCAAAUGUGCGGAGUUGACCGGGGACACGGAUUAUACGCAGUUGCGGAGUGUGCAGAAUAGCGAAAUCAUUAUCACCACCCCGGAGAAGUGGGACUCUAUGACCCGGAAGUGGCAGGACCAUAUGAAGCUGCUGCAGCUGGUGAAGCUUUUCCUGCUGGAUGAGGUGCACUUUCUAAAGGAGUCCCGAGGCGCGACACUUGAAGCGGUUGUCUCACGGAUGAAGAACAUCGGUUCGAAUGUUCGCUUUGUUGCUCUUAGCGCGACAAUUCCGAAUUCGGAGGAUAUUGCCACUUGGUUGGGGAAGGAUGCUACUAACCAGCAUCUGCCGGCUCAUCGAGAGAAUUUUGGUGAAGAAUUUCGGCCGGUUAAGUUGCAGAAGGUUGUUUAUGGGUACCAGUCCACGGUGAACGACUUUGCUUUUGACAAGAUUUGCGCUUCCAAAUUGCCUGAUAUCAUCGGAAUGCAUUCUUGUCAGAAGCCGAUCAUGAUAUUCAGUUGCACUCGCAAUUCGUGCGCUGCAACGGCGAAGGAACUUGCUCGUCUAUGGAACAUGACGAAUCCACCCUCUAGGCUCUGGAAAGGCCCUGGCAGGCAGAUCCAGGUCAACAAUGAAGAUUUAAAUACAACCGUCGCCGCGGGAGUCGCAUUCCAUCACGCGGGCCUUAGUCCGGGCGACAGACAUGCUGUCGAACAGGGUUUCCUUGAUGGACACAUCAACGUCAUAUGUUGCACUUCAACCCUUGCCGUCGGUGUGAAUCUUCCUUGCCACCUUGUGAUCAUCAAAAAUACUGUCGGUUGGCAAGAAGGUGGCUGUAAAGAGUAUUCAGACCUCGAGAUGAUGCAAAUGCUCGGACGAGCAGGUCGACCGCAAUUCGACGACAGCGCCGUGGCUGUUAUACUCACCCGAAAAGAGCGCGUACCACACUACGAAAAACUGGUUUCAGGAACCGAAAGUAUUGAAAGUUGCUUGCAUCUUAACCUGAUAGAUCAUCUCAAUGCCGAGAUUGGACUAGGGAAUGUCACUGACGUCGAAACAGCUACAAAGUGGCUUGCUGGAACUUUUCUCUUCGUGAGACUUCGCCGCAACCCGACUCACUAUAAGCUCAAGGAAGGAGCCAGUCAGGAAGACGAAGACGAGUUGCUUCGGCAGAUCUGUGAGAAAGACAUCAGUCUUCUUCAGGAAUGUGGUCUUGUCGAAACCGAAAAAUUGCGUUCGACCCAAUAUGGUGAUGCCAUGGCUCGUUAUUAUAUUCGGUUUGAAACGAUGAAGAUCUUGCUGAGCUUGACGGAGAAGGCAACAUUGUCGCAAAUCCUCGAUGUGAUUGUUCAAGCUGAAGAGUUUCGAGACAUCCGUUUCAAGGCAGGCGAAAAGUCGCUAUACAAGGAGAUCAAUCGCGACCACGAAAUUCGAUACCCAAUCAAGGUCGAUCUAGCUCUCCCUGCUCACAAAAUCUCCCUUCUUCUCCAGUCUGAACUAGGUGCAAUCGAGUUCCCCUGUGGAGAUCAAUUCCAGAAACUCAAGUUUUCUCUCCAGCAAGACAAAAAUCUUGUUUUCGCACAUGUGAACAGACUAAUCCGAAGCUUUGGUGCAAAGAUCUGGGACCAGUCGCCACUUCAAAUGAAGCAGAUUGAGCAGAUUGGAGUAGUAGCCGUCCGAAAAUUGGCUGCUGCUGGGAUUACAGGCAUCGAAGAGCUUGAGUACGUGGAAGCUCAUGAGAUUGAGAUGACACUCAGCAGGAACCCUCCAUUCGGCUCAAAGUUGCUUUCUCGAUUGAAGGAGUUUCCUAAGUUGCGCAUUGAUGUGAAAAUGAUUGGCAAGGACGUGAAGAAUGGCUCUGUCAAUAUCCGUUUCAAGUUGGAAGUGGCGUUCAUGAAUGAGAAGACUCCAACUUACUUUCAGCGUCGACCAGUCUAUAUUUGCUGCUUAACAGAAACAUCUGAUGGUCAACUGGUUGAUUUUCGUAGGAUAAGUGCAAACAGAUUGCAGAACAGCUUGGAAAUCACCCUCGCUUCCAAUCUGACAAGCUCAAGCCAAUACAUCGUGUGUCAUGCCAUGUGUGAUGAUAUUGCUGGAACAGCAAGAAAAGCCGAGCUGAAGGCCAAUCUCUCAUCACACCUCCCAAGGCAGUCUAAGACAAUCAACGAAAGCAACGUUCAGCUUGCAAGGCUUGACAAGGAUUCAUGUCAGCAACUCCAGGGAGCAUCGAAAGGAAAGUCCAAGACAGAUGCUUUUGACGGUGACGAUCUAGGUCUGGAUGACUUUCUGUUCGAAGAUCUGCGCCAGGAAAGGCCAAAGAAACUCGCGUCUAUCGAAAAUAUCCAAGAUGAGGAAAUUGGCUGGAUAUCCAUUGAUGACAGUACCCCAAGCCCCAAGCGAAAACCAGUGUUUCCGAAAACGAAAGGCAGCGAGUGGGUUGCCGACAUGGAGCUACAGGAGCAGGUGGAAGACGAACCUGCCCGACUUGCCAACGGUAAUUGGGCCUGUAAUCACAAAUGCAAAGACAAAACAAGGACAGGCCUUGAGAAGCCCCCAAAAGCUGGCAAGAAACGAGCUCCUGCAACCCAAAAAGCCGAUGGAUUGAGUCAGUUAACCUUGACGACGUCCAUCGCCAAAAAUGGCGCGGGGAAAAACACGCAGAAAGAAAAUCGCAACCACAUAGCAAAGGCUAAGUUGCCCGAAAGGCAUCAUUCGAGCCCGUUGAGAAGGCAGGACAAAGUCAAGCAGAAGCCCAGCACCGGGACUGGAGGGGGCAAAAAUGCGACCCCUACAUCAAGCAAGCACAAGUCCUUCCAAGACCUCUCAAUGAUACCUUCCAGCGAUGAUGAUUUCAGCGAUUUCCCAUCCCCGUCAGAAUUCCUCAAAGAUACAACAUCCGGAUUCAAACAGCCUCCCUCAAUCGAAGGUCCAGAGAUUGGAGAAAGGGUAAAGUCCUGCAUCGACCUCAGAACACCAAAUGCCGACCCCUCUCCAGAAACUGCAGAAACUACUGGAACUUUAAUCGGGGAUAUCCAACCUCUGUCCCUAGAAAACGAUCGCAGGAUGGUGGUAUGGGAAGACCCUGCUUCGUCUCCGGAUAACGAAGCCUUCACCAGUCCGGAAAACAUAAAAAGUUCUGCCACAACUGUGCCGUUGACCGAGCUUUCCGCCAACAUUCCACCCAAACGAAAGGCAAAUAGCCUCGAAGAAAUAGAUGAGCGGAGCAGGAAGAGAACUGGGUGGUGCCCAAUCAAUGCGUCCCCUACAAACGAGCGUGAUGAAGAACAACGAAGUGAGUCCGAGGGCUCUCCUGGAUGGGAAGAUGUGGUCCGAUUGUUGCUUGAAGAGUUCAAGGAUGUUAUCAACUUUUAUUAA